CGAUUUCGGUCUUCAGUAAAUUAGUAAUUACCUAGUGAAAAUAAAUAGUACCUCACCAUGGUCCUCUGUGACACUGUAUUUGACUAUUCCUUUAUUUCCUAUGGACUUGUCAUGUUAGUCUGAGUUUUUAAAUUAAAAACAUCAGGAAGUCGUGCGUACGGUAUUGCGUCAAGACCACCGUUAUCGAAUAGCCGACGGUGGCGACUGCAAUGAUAACCUUCCUCAAAACUGGAAGUUCCAAAGAUCAAAACUGUUUGCACCACAUUAUUUAACAAAUGCAUUGAAAAACUAUACAAUUGUGAUAUCGUUUUGAUCACACAUUUGAGUACAUGAUGGAUUUUCAAUUACAUUAGUGUGGUACAAAGUAUCUGAAAAAUUAUGUACAUCGAUAACGUGGCAAAUCAAAAUCCGAUAUUUUAAUUGUGUGUUUUGCAUGCCAAAUGGCUUUUUACUGGUAUUUACUACUACAGUAGUUGUUUUUCGCCAUAGUAGGUACAAAGUAUGACUAUGUACCAGCCAAUUAAAGUUAAAGAGUCUAUUCAGUUGGUGACAACACCAACAAAUCAUCCAAAAUCAGUGCUAAUAAAUAGUAAGAAAACCGAACUAGAGGGAUUCAUAAUGAAUAUUCAAAAUAUGUCACCAUUCAGAUUCAUUUUAUUUAUGAUCUCAAUUUUAUUUUGUUUUGCUGUCAUAAUUGGUGUUUUAUUUAUAGUACCAUGUGAAUGGUCUAACUGUAUUUCUCCAAAAAACAUUAAGUUGAUUUGGUCCGAUUCUGUUUUCAUUGACAUAGAGUUAAAAGGCAAACCAAGUACAAUUGAGUUAAAUCAAAAACUUAUACAAUUAUUAUUUAUAGUAAGAGGAUCAAUUCUCAACAGCCAAAAUGUGCCGCCUAGAACAGAACGUUUACCAUCAAUUGGUGGGGGUCUUUUACAAAUUGAUGCAAUUACUGGUAAAGAAAUGUGGCGUAAACGAUUAGAUUCAUUACCUGACACAAUUGACUGUACAUUAUUAAAUAAUCAGUUCAAAGAAAAUAAAGAAGUAUAUUGUAUAAUCGGAGCAUCUAAUAGAAAUAUGUUAGCUGUUGUAUCCAGCAGUAAAAAUAAAGGUGAUCUCGUAUGGAAAAAAAAUCGACAAGAGUCAAAUACAACAAAAUUAAAUAACAUCAAUGAUCUAGUUUAUACGGAGUUUCCUGUUAUAAUACCCGAUUGCAAUUCUGAUGGUGUCAAUGAAAUGGCUUUUGUGCACUAUGAAAACAAUAUGCCUACAUUAGAUAUUUUAUCUGGAAAAAGUGGAAACAAAAUGAGCAGUAUACGCAAUGAUAAUUGUACUAAAAUGACCGAUCUUAUUUUAAACUAUGAUAUGUCAUUAGUCUAUUUUUGCCGUAAAAAUACUGUUUUAGAUCCUUUAGAAACGAUUCCAAUUAAAACAAUAUUAAAUUGCUCUCGUGAUUGGAUACCAGAUUCAGUUCACCAAACUAAACGAGAACAUGAUCAAAUUGAAGAAAAUCAAUAUUUUUCUACACUUGGACCCUAUAAUCUUUGGAUCAAUAAUAACUACUAUAAUUGUCCAACCAAUUGUACAGCAAUUGUGAAUGUAACAAAUAAUUUUAAUGAAACAGUUUGGUCUAAGAAAAUUGAUCGUUCAUAUAUAAUGAAGCCAGUGACAUUUGAAUUGCGCAAUAAUAUAUCUGGAUUUGUUAUAAAAAUAUGGUCUUGGAAUAAUGAAACAAUUGAGAAUAAAAUAAAGCUCACUAACAUUGAAAAGGUUGAAUAUAUUCAAGAACAAGUUAUAGUAAUUACAUAUAAUUCAUCCAGAUUAGAAGACUUCCACAUUAAAAACAUAAGUUCAAACAAAAUUAUACAAGUAUGUGAAAAUGAGUCAAAUUGUCAGCCAAAAUUAGAAUAUCAAAAAUAUUCAUUAAAUGUAAUGGAUAUUGACAAUGAUGGUUACAGAGAAUUGGUUUCUGUAUUAGUUACAUAUCAAUUUAUCAAUUCAUUCAGCCAGUUCUAUUUGAAUGAUAAACACUCACUACAGCUUAUAUCAAAAGUUAAUGUUUAUCAAUUAGAAAAUCAACUUAUUGGAAAUUUUGAAAAUGGAAUGUUUGUUUGAAUCAGAUUAUUGUAAGAACUUAAACUAUUAACUAAAAUAUAUGUUCCUUAAUUUAUGUAAUAUAAAUAAAAGAGUUUAAAGGUAAACACUCAUAUGGCUGCUGUUUACUCUCCAUUGAAAAAUUGAGUUUUUCCCCAGUAUAUAUUGGUUAUUGGACUUUUGGUCCUUGGUUUUUAAAUAAUAAUAAUUAUUAAUGUUUUAAAAAUAAUAAUAUAAAGCUUGGAAAUCAAUUUAAUUAAAAAAAUAUAAUUAUAAUUAAUUUAAAGGCAAAUAACUCAUAUCUCAUAAAUAAACACUUUAAAUAUUUAAGUUGUAUUUUAAGUAUGUUUUAUCAUGAUAAUAUUUAAAUUCUGUUUGGUAUAAUUGUAUUUUCCCAUCUUUAAAAUUAAUUGGUAAAGGCAUAUUUAUUAUUUUAAUUUUUCUUUUAUGAACAAGGUGUGAUGAAUUAAAAAUAAGCCCGUACGUUGCUUAUUGAUAAAACUUCACCUUAUAAUAAUAUAUUAACUGAGCUGGUAUAGUUAGCUAUUUUAAUGAAUAAUAAUUAAAGGGAUUCUGAAUGUCGACUUUCUUUAUCCUAUCUCUUAUUAUAGAUUAAAGCAUAUAAUUAUUACGAUUGAUUGGGAUCGUGAGUACAGAUUUAUAAACGAAGGGUAUAAUGAUUGGUGAUGCACCUGAGUCUGCAUGUCUCAAUUGACUUGUCGUUGAUGAGGAUUUUACCUUUGUAAUUUGUGUAAAUAUAUAUUAAUAUAAUUUCUUACCUUGUUGAUGUUUUUGAACAGUUGUAGAAUUUGUGAAGAGAAUAUUAAUAAUGUUAAUUUUCUUGAAAUAAUUGCAAAUAUAAUCUUAAGUUUUGAAUAGAAAACUCUUUAAUAAUUCACAACAAGAUAUUGUAAGAUUUGAAAUAGAACAGAGUUAAUUUAAUAAGCGGUUAUUUAUGAGUGUGGUGAAUUGAGACGGUGCGUAUGAAAAUGGCUAAAGUAAGCAGACUGGCUUGAAUAUUAAAAAGGGGGCUCUACUUAUAGUAUUGAUCUUUGAUACCUUGUUGUUCCAAAUUAAAUUGUUGUUGUUUAUUUUGUAUAAAUACAUCAAAAUAUGUUUUUGUAAUAUAAUGGCAUUUUUACAUGUAUAUAUAUGUAUAGUUAUUAUUUAUUAAUGGUUUUGUACAUUUUGAAUAAUAUCAGGGUACAUGGGUUCAGAUAUUUGCUAAGUGGUUUUUUAGUAAUAACAUAUUUAAUAGUAUUAUGAUGAUAUCAAAACAUGAAGCUGUGUGGCGCAAUGAUGUAGAUAUCAUUACAAAGGUAAUGAACUAAUAUUGAAUUUAUUCCCAAACUUAAUAUUAUUUUCUUUCUAUUUAAAUAAUAUUACCAAUUAAAUUAAUUUGAAAAGCUGGAAACUGUCCUUUUGCUUAUAACUGUUAACAUUCACAAUAAUGUUGCAUUAUGUAUAUUGUUACAAUAUUAUAUUAAAAAAAGAAUUAUGUCUAAUUUAAAUACCACCCUUCAACUGUGCCUUGAGUUAAAUACAAUUACAAUAACACAAUAACAAAAAUUAAAAAUGCAGUUUGAUUUUAAACAAAUUAUUCUUAAGUUUAUGUGGAGGUAGGGACUGUUAAUGUAUUAGUUUUUUUUUUAUCAUCUGUAUUGAUAUACUUUAAUUGCAUCAUUCCUUAUAAAAUUUUUUCUCAAAUAUAGUGAUGUUUGGUACGUUUUAAUACUCAAGAUUUAAUGCUAGUAUUCUGCAUCUGCAGCUUUGUCUAUGUUCAAAUUAUAGUUUUGGUUCACUUUCCACUAACAUUCAUAUUUAGAAAUUAUAAAAGAGUAUAAGCCUGAUUCACACUAGUUCGGCAGCAUUUUAACAUACUAUACAUUGUUUCACAACCGGGCUUUCCUGAUUGGUUUAAUUUAAAUUUUCGCGCAUUUUCACUAUCAAUAAUAAAAUAUAAUAUUAAGCCUCGGUGUCUAGUAUCAAUAUUUAGAUAUAAUUUAUAUUUAACCCCCCCCCCCCAAAAAAAAAAAAAAAAAAAUUCAUCAGAAAAACUAAAACUUUUUUAUUAUAGUGCACAUACAUUUACAUAAACUUUUAAUAAUAUUUAAUAAAAUAAUAUACCCUAUCGGUGUUUUACAUUAAUUAUUAAAUUAUUUUAUUAUAUUACAAAGGUACUAAAAAGUACAUUUAUUUUAUUAAUUAAGUAACUAUCGAUUAAAACAAAUUACAUAUAUAGUAUAUGACAUUAAAUCAUAACUAAUUAUAUCACAGUUAAAAUAAAAUAAUAUUAUAUUUUUCAUUAUAGUCCUUAUAGAUAUGUUAAAAAAAGUGUUGUAUAGUUAUUGAAAUAUAAGUUAAUUGUUAAAAAAUUUAAAAUUAUUUAAUGUACAAUAAAAUAAAAAAAAUAUUAUGUAUUUAGUUGGUACGGAUAUUUUUUUUACCGAUUACCAACUAAAACUCAGUGGAUAGCAAGAAGUUCUAAUCCAAGUGCAACAAAAAUAUUGUGUUCAUAAGUAUAGUUAGAAGUGUUAGGACCAUAAGUGCAAAUACCUAUUGUUUGAAAUAUAGGGGAGGGGCUAAUGGUUUGACAAUAGUAAGUUUAGGGGAUUUAGUUUACUAGUAAGUACUUAGGUACUUAAUUCUAUUGGGUAUUGUUUUUAGUGAGCUUAGAAUUUAAAAUAUUUAAAGGAUGCAUCACAAUUAUUUAGUUUAUUCCGUAUGUACUAUUAAUAUAAGUUAAUACAGAAUAAAAUAGUUUUAUACAGAAUAAUCUGUCUUCAUAGCGAAUAAAGCUCACAUGUUUUUUUAUGACUGGUUAAUUUCAUAAUUUAUAUUUUUUUAGAGUAUAUUAAUUAUUUAUUUAUUUAUUCAUUUAUUAUAAUAGUAAAUAUAUUUUGUGUAAAUAUUUACAAUAAAUGUAUUUAUUACCUAA